UAACCAUAACCUAAAAACCAAAACAAAACAAGAAAGCAUGUUCUGGCAUGUUCGGUGAUUCAUGGUGAUUGCAAUGCAAGCAUGAUUCUGGAUUAUAUUUGGAAAUUUAAUAAUUGAAGUCUCUGAAAGAAUCUCCAAAAUGUCAACUGGUGCUUUUGAUGUCCAUGCAGCUUUUUGCUCAGAGUGCGGAUCAGUUUUGCCAUUUUUAACUGAUGUUGGUGGAGUCGAGUGCUAUCAAUGUAAAAAAAUUUAUGAAGCAGAGGUUUUUAAAGAUGUAAUGAAAAACGAGUACACCAUUCAUUUCAACACAUUCAAUGAACGAGACUUGAAGAAAAGCAAGAAGAAGAAAAAGAAGCAAAAAAACAGCGAACCCGAUGGACCCCUGGUUGAAAGGAAAUGCCCAAAAUGUGAUAAUGAUAAAAUGUCCUAUGCAACUUUACAACUCAGAUCAGCAGAUGAAGGACAAACAGUUUUCUACACCUGUACCCGAUGCAAAUUCAAGGAAACUGAAAACUCUUGAUUGAGAUGUCAGCUUGCAGAUUUAAAAGACCUCUUGUCAUAUUUUUUGGUGACUUCUACCUAUUUAAUUUUUGUUUACUGAAAGUAAGCAAGUGUAAUUGAAUAGUCUUCCUUGUAUUUAUUGUCAAUAUCCCAUGUAUUAUUUUUAAAAAAAAAAAUUGUAAAUAAAUCGUUAUAAAAACUUGGUAUAAAUUGUGA